AUGCCGCCGCAGCUCGUCGAGUUAUCGCCAGGGAUGAAAGUUGCGGAGAAAUGGACGAUCAUCAAAAAGCUUGGUGCCGGUGCAUUCGGAGCUGUCUACCACUGCAAAUUCGGCUUGAGGGAAGGGGCUCUCAAAACUGAGCCAGUCGAUGCGUCAAUGCCGCUACUAGCAAUGGAGGCCCAUGUUCUUCAGGAACUGCACCGCAUAAAGGACGACCGUCACUUCACUAAGUGCUUCGACAUCGGCAGGGACAGUCAGACCAUUGGACCUGCUGGAAAGGUGUCCUUCAACUAUAUCGUGAUGUCGCUGGUUGGCCCAGGACUGGACAAACUCGUCAAAGCUCGACCUGGUCGACGCUUCUCUCCUGGUACAGCGAUCGGCGUCUCAAUUCAAAUGGUCAACGCGCUACGGGCUCUUCAUGGCAUUGGAUAUCUCCACCGGGAUAUCAAGCCGGCAAACACGACUACCGGACGGAAGGAAGAGGGAGAACAGCAGAUAAUCUACGUGCUUGAUUUUGGGAUCGCGAGAAAGUUCAUGCACUCAGAUGGGUCGUUGAUGCGUCCAAGGGAGUCUGCACGUUUCCGAGGGACUCCACGUUAUGCGGCUACAUCAGCACACAUCAAAAGAGAAUACGCACGUAAGGAUGACAUGGAAUCCUGGUUCUACAUGAUGGUCGAAAUCUUUGCCGGCAAACUUCCUUGGAGCGGUGUCGGCGACAUGGAUGCGAUUGGUACGUUCAAAGAAGCUCGACUCCCGAACAAUCCACUGAAGGUCCGAACUUGA